CGCCGGGAGUUGUAGUCCGGCGUCGCCGCAGCGCGGGCAGCGGGGCGCUGGCGGCAGCCAUUACCGGGAGCGCGGAGCCGCCGCCGUCGCUUUGCCUCGCUCCGCGGCGCCGCCGCCGCUCGGGGAGGGGCCGCCAUGGCGGCGUAGCCUCGCCCUCACCCGCCCCUUUCUCCCCGCUGCGGCCGCUGAAGGCGCGGCGGCGGCGCGGCCUAGCGCGGAGGGUGGAUCCCCGGCCUCGCGUAGCGGCUGCUGCCCGCCAAGGGCCGCCCUCCCCGGGGCCAUGUCCCUCGUGGCCUACGCCAGCAGCGAGGAGGACAGCGAUGCGGAGGAGGAAGAAGCCGCCGAUUCUCCGCCAGCCGCAGCCGAGCAACCCUCACCGCGGGGGCUUUUCUCCGCGCUGCCCCCACCCAGAACCCCCGCGGUGCCCCCAUCGCUCCUCAUGAGCGGCGCCGGGGCUGAGAGCGCUGCCGAGCCGGCCGCCAGCGGGGACGGGCCCGCGGAAUCCCCCCGGCCCAGGGGGCUCCUCCUGCCGCCCCCCAGGAACGCGGGCAAGCCCCUCAGCCCGCCCCACGCUGCCUCCCCCGCGGGCUCGGGGCUCCCCAAGCCAAAGAAGAGGACGGAGCCCGUGCGGAUCGCGGCGCCCGAGCUGCGCAAGGGGGAUUCAGAUUCAGAGGAAGAUGAACCAGCAAAGAAAAAAAAUACUCUUCAGGGACGCAGCGAGGGCUCGGGCUUGUCCGCUUUGCUUCCUCAGCCCAAAAACACGCCAGUGAAAGAGACCAACCGGCUCCUCCUGCCUUAUGCCUUCUCCAGGAAAGCAGGAGGAGAAAACACCUCUGAUUCCAAACCUACCAAGUCCUCAAGCUCUUCCUCCAAAGCCAAACCUGCAGCCAAAGCAGCCGUGGCCACCACGCCGUCCCCGUCGGCCAUCAAGGCGGCGGCCAAGAGCGCGGCGCUGCAGGUCACCAAGCAGAUCACCCAGGAGGAGGAGGACAGCGACGAGGAGCUGCAGCCUGAGAACUACUUCUCCUUGUCAGACAGCAGUGAGCCCAGUGCUGUGGGCACACAGCCCUACCUGUAUCCCAGCACUGGGGGGUCAGAGGAUCCUCCUCCCGGGACAGAGGCGCAGCCCCAGCUGCAGGACGCGGCCGCGAACGCCCCGCUGGAGUUCAAGACAGGAGUUCAGCACAGCUGGGCACCCAAACCUGGGGAGGAGUACAGCAGCCAGGCCUACAGCCAGUUCCCUCCCACCUACAGCGAGCCAGGGGGCUACUACCAGGAUUACUACAGCAGUGGGUACUACCCAGAGGUGGAAGCAGCCCAGCCCCCAGCACAGGAGACAAGCACUGACUCCUCCUUCAUCGACGACGAAGCGUUCAAGCGUUUGCAAGGCAAGAGGAAUCGUGGGAGGGAAGAGAUCAACUUUGUGGACAUCAAAGGUGAUGACCAGCUGAGUGGGGCCCAGCAGUGGCUGACCAAGUCCCUGACAGAGGAGAAGACCAUGAAGUCCUUCAGCAAGAAAAAAGGAGAUCAACCCACAGGACAGCAAAGGAGGAAACACCAGAUCACAUACCUGAUCCAUCAGGCCAAGGAGAGGGAACUGGAACUGAAAAACACAUGGUCUGAAAACAAGCUCAGCAGACGACAGACUCAAGCCAAGUAUGGAUUCUGACACAUCUGUCCUGCUUGUUUGGCUGGUGUCCUGCUGUGUCCUGGCUCUGGGGGAUCAGGCAGCCCCCAGCAUGGUGCUGCUGGCUGGGAGGGAGGUCACUGCACUCCCUGGCCUGGCAGGAAGGGUCAUUGCAAGCUGCUCCUGAGACUCCACCUGUAAUCCUCCCCCCUCCUUGUAAACAAUAACGUGGAAGUUGUGAUCAGGCAAGGACAGCACUGCAGGGAACGUGCUGGGUGUGAGGCUGCAGCUCCUCCUGAGGGAACAGACCCUUCAGCAGAGCCUCAAUAAACUCCCAAUUCCCACUUUGCUCCUCUCUUGGA